AUGGGUUUCCUCCUUAAAUGCUCUGAUCAUAUCCUGUACGGAGAUCCCGGCAGCCUCAUCGGUACCAGCCUCUUUUUCGGCCAGCACAGCACGAAAUGCUGGGUGUUUGAACUCCAGAUUGAAUUCGGGGACACGGUCUGGCAGAACCUGCAUUCUCUUCAGAAUGUUCCUCUUCUCCUGCAUACCCUGGUAUCUCAACAGAGACUCAAUCUCGUGUCUUCGUGUGAUGCUCACUGUCUCAACGUUGAUGGCAAGCUUAUCAAAACUGGCCUUCUGGCACUCGAUGAGCCGCAGAAACUUCUGUUGAAUCUCGGAUUCGGCAUUUUUGAAUCUGACGGCAAUGGAUAG